UCCGUCUCCCUCCUCCAUGUUGUGCACCAGCGAGACUGCCUGCUAAAAGAGCCACCUGUCAAACAUCUUGCUGAGUUCUUCACUGGGAGGGAUGCUGAGAUGUCUGAGAGCAACAUAACAGUACUAAUGACUCUACCUGAGAAUUGCAGCCUGGAGAAUUACAAGAAGCCAAGACAUCUCUACUGUUGGAAUGGAGGUUACUUCCUGCGAAUACUUCCCAGUGGUGUCAUUGAUGGAUUCAGGGAAAGGAAUGACAAAUAUGUUCAGCUUCAGGUUACUGCAGAAGGUUUUGGGAUGGUGUCCAUCAAAGGGACAGAAUCAGGAAGAUUCCUUGCAAUGGGUGCAGACGGACAUUUGUAUGGAUCGAGGACUGCAACAGACGAAUGUGUCUUCCUGGAAACUUUAGAAGAGAAUCACUACAAUACUUACAAAUCCCACAAGUACCAGGACAAGAACUGGUAUGUUGGCAUCAAGAAAAAUGGAAGUUGCAAAACUGGGCCAAAAACUCACAUUGGACAAAAGAGCAUUUUCUUCCUCCCUCUGUCCAUUGACAAUUGAAGGCAACACUUUCUUCAGCUGACUGUACAAACCUCAGUAAUGCAUGAAUAUGAGGUGGAAAAGAACUGAACACAAUUCAUGAACAAGAGAACACAGCAGAGGGCACCUGGGACCUUUCUGACAAACUAGCUGUUCACUGCCACAUACUGUAUUUCCACUUUCAUUACUGAUAUACAAAAAUGCAGAAUUUUUUUUUCUGCACCAGGACCUAGAAUUUCAAUAAACCUAAAAUCAUUUUCUCUUCAUAAAUUGUGGCAAAAAUGUGCCAUAUAAUUAUGGCAGGUUUACUUGGGUUUUACUACUUGCAGGAUCUUUUGGCAUGAACAUUCUGCUGGGGCCAUGCUAGAAUUUUUCUAUAUGUGUGCAGACUUCUCUAUCAUAAAUAUUAACUUAAAAAAGUAAUCUGUCCUUCUUUCGCUAAUGACUAGUGAAACAUGCAAGCUCAUAUGCCUUUCAGCUCACAUGGCAUCAUUCUGAAACCUUCUAACAUCUUGAGCAUCUAACAGAAUACAGCUAUAUUGAUUUAAAGGUUAAGAAAGAUGGAGAGCCUCACAUCCAAAUGCUGCUCAGGAAAAUCUAUUGGCUGUGAACUGCCUAAUUUGAAACAUCAACUCGUCAAGUUAGAAUCAAAUGCCUUGACGGAGAGAAAGGACAAGCCACGAAAACAAAAAAAGAACACACAAACUAUACACAUUGAAUGGCUAGUGACAGUGCUAACUACUUUGUGGGCAGAUGAUUUUUGGGUCAGUGCAAGGCCAUCAAACAAUUGAAAAAAGGAGCAUUGAACAGAAAAAGAUCUUGUCACUUACCUCUGGAACAGGAUGUUGGAGUGGAACCAUCUGUGGACUGUGACACCAGAGCUCAGUGAUUAGGAAUAAAGUCAACUAAGUUUAAAGUUUUUGUCAGAAGAGACUUUACAACAUCUCACCCACCCAGUGUUGCAGUGUGCAUUUUUGAUGUAAUGUAAUUUCUGGCAGAACUGUGAUAUGUUUUACUGUCAUAUUAGAUUUAUUAAUUUUUUUCCUUGGAGUUACAAUGGGCGGCAUGGUGGCGCGAUGGGUAGCGCUGCUGCCUCGCAGUUGGGAGACCUGGGGACCCGGGUUCGCUUCCCGGGUCCUCCCUGCGUGGAGUUUGCAUGUUCUCCCCGUGUCUGCGUGGGUUUCCUCCGGGCGCUCCGGUUUCCUCCCACAGUCCAAAGACAUGCAGGUUAGGUGGAUUGGCGAUUCUAAAUUGGCCCUAGUGUGUGCUUGGUGUGUGGGUGUGUUUGUGUGUGUCCUGCGGUGGGUUGGCACCCUGCCCUGGAUUGUUUCCUGCCUUGUGCCCUGUGUUGGCUGGGAUUGGCUCCGGCAGACCCCCGUGACCCUGUGUUCGGAUUCAGCGGGUUGGAAAAUGGAUGGAUGGAUGGAGUUACAAUAUUGUGCUCCUCAUAUGCAGAUCGUCCAUAAGCCACUAGCUGUAGACUGUCAGGAACUAGUGACAGUAGAUCAUAACAGUCCGUUUUGUGCUGUGGAUAUGGACAACUUAUGGUUUCUUUCAAGAUCAAGAAAAAUGUACCUUAGAAAAUAGAAUCUCAGUUGCUUAUAUGUGCAUCUGCUUCUGUUGGUUUGACAUGCAAGUAAGAAUUUCACAGUACUCUGUACACAGGACAAUAAACUUGGCUUUGAGCUUGAAAUCAUAUCUUUUAGUGUGAACAAUUAAUGGAUAUAAGAAACACAGGAGGCAAUGCCAUUCAGUCCUCAUGAAAGGAGUACAGA